AUGACCCCCAACUAUAACUACGACGACGAGGAUGAAGACGAGAACGCCAUGGACGCAGAUGAGCCGAUGAAGAUUACCAGACCUAAAACAGGAAGCGACGACGAGUACAGCGACGACGACGACAUGAGUUGGAAGGUGCGUCGGGCGGCGGCCAAGUGCCUGGACGCGGUGGUGAGCACGCGGCACGAGAUGCUGCCCGAGUUCUACCGCUCGGUGUCGCCGGCGCUCAUCGCCCGCUUCAAGGAGCGCGAGGAGAACGUGAAGGCCGACGUGUUCCACGCCUACCUCUCGCUGCUCAAGCAGACGAGGCCCGCCCAGAGCUGGCUCUGUGACCCCGACGCCAUGGAGCAGGGGGAGACUCCGCUCACUAUGCUGCAGAGUCAGGUGCCCAUGAUCGUGAAGGCUUUGCACAAACAGCUGAAGGAGAAGAGUGUGAAGACUCGCCAGUGCUGCUUUAACAUGCUGACUGAGCUUGUCAAUGUACUGCCCGGAGCACUCACAUCACACAUCCCUGUGCUGGUCCCAGGAAUCAUCUUCUCCCUGAACGACAAGUCCAGCUCGUCCAACCUGAAGAUCGACGCUCUGUCCUGCCUGUACGUGAUCCUGUGCAACCACCAGCCGCAUGUCUUCCACCCACACGUGCAGGCGCUUGUGCCGCCGGUGGUGGCCUGCGUGGGCGACCCCUUCUACAAGAUCACCUCCGAGGCUCUGCUGGUCACGCAGCAGCUGGUCAAGGUCAUCCGGCCGCUGGAGCAGCCGGACGCCUUCGACGCCACGCCCUACAUUGGCGACCUUUUCGCCUGCACCAUCAAGCGGCUGAAGGCGGCCGACAUCGACCAGGAGGUGAAAGAGCGCGCCAUCUCCUGCAUGGGCCAGAUCAUCUGCAACCUGGGCGACAGCCUCGGCGCCGACCUCCCCGGCACGCUGCUCAUCUUCCUGGAGCGGCUGAAGAACGAGAUCACGCGGCUCAACACGGUCAAGGCGCUGACGCUGAUCGCCGGCUCGCAGCUGCACAUCGACCUGCGGCCCGUGCUGGCCGAGGCCGUGCCCAUCCUGGCGUCCUUCCUGCGCAAGAACCAGCGGGCGCUCAAGCUGGGCACGCUGGCGGCGCUGGACAUCCUGGUGCAGAGCUACAGCGACAGCGUCACGCCGGCCAUGAUCGACGCGGUGCUCGCCGAGCUGCCGGCGCUCAUCAGCGAAAGCGACAUGCACGUGUCGCAGAUGGCCAUCAGCUUCCUGACCACGUUGGCGCGCGUGCACCCCGAGGCGCUGUCCAAGAUCAGCGGCGCCAUCCUGACCGAGCUCAUGGCGCUGGUGCGCUCGCCGCUGCUGCAGGGCGGCGCGCUGGCCGCCAUGCUGGACUUCUUCCAGGCGCUGGUGGGCACCGGCACCGCCAGCCUGGGCUACAUGGACCUGCUGCGCAUGCUCACGGGCCCCGUGUACGCACAGAGCUCCGCGCUCGCCCACAAGCAGUCGUACUACUCCAUCGCCAAGUGCGUGGCGGCGCUGACCCGCGCCUGCCCCAAGGAGGGCCCCGCCGUGGUGGGCCAGUUCAUCCAGGACGUGAAGAACUCGCGCUCCACCGACUCGAUCCGGCUGCUGGCGCUGCUGGCGCUGGGUGAGGUGGGCCACCACCUGGACCUCAGCGCUCAGCCCGAGCUCAAGGCCGUCAUCCUGGAUGCGUUCAGCUCGGCCAGCGAGGAGGUGAAGUCGGCGGCGUCGUACGCGCUGGGCAGCAUCGCCGUGGGCAACCUGCCCGAGUACCUGCCCUUCGUGCUGCAGGAGAUCACGAGCCAGCCCAAGCGGCAGUACCUGCUGCUGCACUCGCUCAAGGAGAUCAUCAGCUCGGCGGCGGUGGCGGGCCUCAGGCCCUACGUAGAGAGCGUGUGGUCGCUGCUGCUCACGCACUGCGAGUGCACGGAGGAGGGCACGCGCAACGUGGUGGCCGAGUGCCUGGGCAAGCUCACGCUCAUCGACCCCGAGACGCUGCUGCCUCGCCUCAAGGGCUACCUGCUCUCCGGAUCCUCAUAUGCUAGAAGUUCUGUCGUGACAGCCGUCAAGUUCACCAUCUCAGACCACCCACAGACUAUCGAUCCCCUACUGAAAAACUGUAUAGGUGACUUCUUGAAGACGUUGGAAGACCCGGACCUUAAUGUGCGAAGGGUUGCUCUGGUGACGUUUAAUUCUGCCGCUCACAAUAAGCCUUCACUGAUCAGAGACCUGUUGGACACAGUGCUGCCUCACCUGUACAAUGAAACCAAAGUGCGCAAGGAGCUUAUCAGAGAGGUGGAGAUGGGUCCGUUCAAACACACGGUGGACGACGGGCUGGACAUCAGGAAGGCGGCGUUUGAGUGCAUGUACACGCUGCUGGACAGUUGCCUGGACCGGCUGGACAUCUUCGAGUUCCUCAAUCACGUGGAGGACGGACUCAAGGACCAUUACGACAUCAAGAUGCUGACAUUCUUGAUGCUGGCCAGGCUGUCUUCCCUGUGUCCCAGUGCUGUGCUACAGAGGCUUGACAGACUGGUGGAGCCACUCCGAGCCACCUGCACCACAAAGGUGAAGGCGAACUCCGUGAAGCAGGAGUUUGAGAAGCAGGACGAGCUGAAGCGCUCUGCGAUGCGGGCGGUGGCUGCCCUGCUGACCAUCCCAGAGGCGGAGAAGAGCCCUCUGAUGAGCGAGUUCCAGUCGCAGAUCAGCGCCAACCCAGAGCUCGCCGCCAUCUUCGACAGCAUCCAGCGUGACUCCACCUCCGCCAACAUGGAGUCCAUGGACACCAGCUAAGCAUCCAAAAAAAACACCAAACGGAAAAAUGAAAUCAAAACAACAUACAUACACACACAUUACGUGAGACACGAAGCGACGACGGUAACGACGACAAAACUGAUUUAAUGAAAUAUGACAUCUCUCCCCCUUAUCCCCCACAACGAUGCACUCUUCGUCUUUUUGUUCAUCCUCGUCGUUUCCCCCACAAGAAUAUGCCGCAUUUAAGAGAAAAGACAAAAAAAAAGAAAACAAUGAAAACGAGUGAAAGAAUACAACCUCCGCGAAUGGAGAAGGCUUUUAUUGUUCCAUGCAUUGCACUGAUUCAGCCGAUACAGGAGGAAACAAGAAAAAACAAGGAAAAAAAAACAUAAAAAGUGAUGAAAAAAAAGACUAAAUCAUAAA